AUGGAGGUGAAACAAUGCAUUGAACGAGUAAAAGAUCAACUGCCGGCGCCUAAAGUCUCUCGCUCAAGCGUUACCAGGCCAGAACAGACCAUCGCUCCUCUCUCGCCACCCAGAACACGAACAGAUUUACGCCAAUUAGUGCAGUCAAUCAGCUUUACCGUCACUUGUCUUUGGCGCAUCCCCAUUCGUAGGCCUGCUCCCAUUGAUCGGAUAAAGCGCAAAGGCGCUGCCAAUACGUCCUAUUACCAACCGUUCGAUAUACUUUACGUCAAGGAUAAAUUUCCGCAUGUUGACGAGAGCGUGGCAAAUCGGCUUGAUAACUUGAUAUCAAAACGACGACAAGUAAUACAGUACCGCAAGCGCCAUACCGAUGCAUUGCAAUCAGCCGCAGCUGAGUCUGAACAUACGGCGGAGCGACGUGUCGCUAAAUUUAGUGGUACGACUGGUGUAGGAAGUCCAACAGCGCCAUCAAAAAGCGCGCCGAGUCGUCAAACACAGAAGACGAAAGCUACAACCUUGAAACUAGCUGGAACCGAAAUGGAGCCCCGGGAUGUAUCUCGACUCUAUGCUCCUUCGAUGCCCGAAUCAAGAACCACAGUGGCUUCCGACCAAGCAGCGAAUAACGAGCGAGUCGCCAUCCCACCGCGGCCUAUCGGAGGGAACGGCAAGACUCUUGAGCAAUUUGGCAGGUCACUUCUAAUAAGUCAGGAGUGGUUUAAUCACGAGACGCAUCACCACCGACUUGAGUGGAGCUGCAAUAUACACGAUCAUCAAUCCUUUGCAGAGCUUUCUGACUUCCUCGAGCACAUGGCAAGAAUGUACGAUAGUGCGUUUGAUGAACGUCAAAUUAAAGCUUCGCGGGGCAUGUUCCAGCGCCCAGCGCAGAGCCAUUCGGGCGUAUGCACACUCUGUUACAAAGAGGCCACUAAACUGAAGAUCCAUGUAUCUCGUCAUCUAGAGCAGAUGUCUUUAUUUGCAAUACCGCCGGCAGACAUGAUGGAAGACCUGGACUCGGACAUUUCUGGAUCUGGACUAUCACAUAUGAAUAUCAAUGGCUCCAAAGCCCAGAACGUCUCAUUUAAAAGAUUCGGGAGCAUCUCGCGCCUGUCUGAUAAAGCAUCCGAUCAAGGUAGUGGCGCACUUGCGGGAACCCCACAUCGGCAUUAG